AUGCCUAGUGCCAUCGCCCGUUCGACGCGCGGAACGCGCAGCAAGCUGGCUUCGCCUUCCGACGACAAACAAUCACCCAAGACAGUCGCCACCCUCACCCCGCGUUCCACCAACAUCGAGGUCGUCCUCCCCUCGAGGAAAAGGAAGGUUCAGGAUGACUCGGUGCCCACAGCCAAGAAGCUCCGGAGCGAGUCGGCAGUGCAGUCGACUACGCCUGUCACCCCUCUCGCACAGGCGCUGAGGAAGGUGAGCUUCGCCGACCCGGAGACGCCGCCGGCCAAGCCGAGGCCGAACCGGAAAGUGGCGCCGGUGCCGGCCCGUCUGGCGGCGACUCCAUCCAGCUGUGCGACUCUGCCGGCCAGCCGGAAGCGCCGUUGCGAGUCGGACGAAACCAGCCAGACCGAGGCGCUGCUGGAGCGCCUGAACCUCGAGUCACCUUCCGCCUAUAAGCGGAAGAAGACGACGGUCCACCGUCGCACACCGCCCGACGAAUUCUUCGACCUGCCCCAGGAGCUCAACGACCUCCUGAACCUGCAUGUCGCCUUCCUGCGGACUCUCGACAUGCAGUAUGCCCACAGCGGCAGAACCACGCCGGUCGACCUGGAGGCCCUCUACCCCAGCGUCACCCGCGCCUGGGGCAAGCGAAUGGUGGGGCUUGUCGACAUCCAGCGGUGCGUUGGCGUGCUCUCGUGGGACCCCGUCAAGAGCGAGACGGCCAAGGCGCCGUACUUCCUCUGCGACUAUGGCCGCGACAAGAUCUGCCUCGAGUUCCACCCGGACGCCGAGCCCGGCCCGCUGCGCCAGCACAAGCUGAACAUGGACUUCGAGGCCAACCUGCGCACGCUCUGGCUCAACAGCAACGGGGAGCCGGCAAGCAUCUUCAUCGGCUCGCUCCCCAAGGCACCCAUUAAACGGAGCGCAUCCGCAACAGCCGCCACCAAAUCCGCUCAGCGCAGCAGCCAAACCACACUGGAUUCCUUCAAGAAGUCCAUCGCGCAGAAGAAGAAGGAACAAGAACAAGAACAACAGAAACAAGAACAAGCCGCGCCCCUUACCCCACCACAAACCCCCAAGGGUGACCAGAAGAAGAUGUCCCUGCUAGACCGCAUCCGGCACAAGGAACAACAGGCCCUGUCGCAGGGCAGCUCGGCCCCGACGCCAGCCGAGCUCCAGCGCCGCGCCGCGCUGCAGCGCGCGUCCGACGUGGCCGCCGUGAUCGGCAUGUUGUGCAAGGCGACGACCAGCAGCCAGGCCGCGCGCGUGUCCUUCCCCAUGGCCGCGCUGCUGGGCAAGCUCCGGGACUCGGUGCGCACGCCCAUCUCGCAGGAGGACGGCGAGUGCUGCGUGCGGCUGCUGGCCGGCGAGGUGGCGCCCGAGUGGCUGAGGGUUCUGAGCGUCGGCGGGCGGGUCAAUGUGUUGGUGAUGGUGGCGGCGCAGCCGAGUAAGGCCGCCCUGGAGGAGCGGGUGGCUUCCUUGCUUGGGUAA